AUGGUAAAUUUCGAUUUAGGUCAAGUUGGAGAGGUAUUUCGUAGAAAAGACAAAGGGGCUAUAGUUGCAGAGGACAACUCAGAAGAAGAAGAUGUCGAUGCUUCUGAAUUCGAAGAAGAUGAAGUAAAGCCUGUGCGUACAAAGAACAGAAGGCCAAAGGAGGAUGCGUUUACACAACAAAGAUUGGCGGCUAUUAACCCGGUGUUAACGCCGAGAACGGUCUUGCCUCUUUACUUGCUGAUUGCUGUUGUGUUUGUUAUUGUAGGAGGGUGCAUAUUAGCGCAAAACGCCAAGGUAGAUGAGGUGACUAUAUAUUACCAGGAUUGUAUGAAGAAUGCGACGUCAUCAUGGAGCGAAAUGCCCUCUGAAUAUUGGCAAUUGCUUUUCCAUAAAAAUAAAACAUAUAAUGUGGCACCGCAAUGGAAGUUUGUAGACGAUGAAUCGGAUGACUUUACAAAACAAAGGGGCACCUGUCAAAUCAGGUUCCAUACACCAACAGAUAUGAAAAACAGUGUUUAUUUGAAUUAUGUACUGGAAAAGUUCGCUGCUAAUCACAGAAGGUAUGUUCUGUCCUUUAGCGAAGAUCAAAUACGUGGGGAAGACGCCUCUUAUGAAACGGUGCAUGAUGCAACAGGUAUAAAUUGUAAACCGUUAUCCAAGAACGCUGAUGGGAAAAUAUACUAUCCAUGUGGGCUAAUUGCGAACUCGAUGUUCAAUGACAGUUUCCCCCUACAGUUAGUAAAUGUGGACGAUACGUCAAAGAACUAUUCGUUGACCAAUAAAGGAAUUAACUGGGAGUCUGAUAAAAAAAGGUUCAAAAAAACUAAGUACAAUUAUACACAGAUUGCGCCUCCACCAUACUGGGAAAACAUGUAUCCAGACGGAUAUAACGAGACAAAUAUUCCUGAUAUUCAAGACUGGGAAGAAUUUCAGAACUGGAUGAGACCAGGUGCGUUUGACAAGAUUACAAAAUUGAUUAGGAUCAAUAAGAAUGAGAGUUUGCCAGCAGGUGAGUAUCAAUUGGACAUUGGCCUGCAUUGGCCAGUAUUGGAAUUCAAUGGUAAGAAGGGAAUCUACCUGACCCACGGUUCUCAUCUUGGCGGCAGCAAUCCAUUUUUGGGUAUAGUUUACCUAAUUGGGGGCUGUAUCUGUGCCGCCAUGGCACUGAUAUUGCUAUCAUUUUGGUUAAUUGGUGGAAGAAAGAUUGCCGAUGCAUCAAGUUUAUCAUGGAACAUGAAAUAG